ACAACUUGUACUGAUAUGCUGAAAACUAAGACCGUCUAAAAAUGACAUCUUUCUGUAAUGGUUUCGAUUACAUUUUAAACUAUAUUGCGAUAAAAUUAACAUAAGAAAUGGAAUCAGAAGUGAGUGAAAAAGACGAUGCACUAUCGGAUUUGAAGAUGGAUUUUAUAGGAAGAAAGGGUUGCGAUCCACUGCUGUCAACUGCAAGGGGAAAGCUUCAAAAACGGCGGUCCAAGUUGAACGACGAGAUCAACAGAGAACUUCGUAUGAGGAAUGGAGCUGAAAACUUGUACAGAGCUACGGACAACAAGCGUCUGAAGGAACUGGUGUCAGUAGAACUGCUGUUCUUCAACUCCAACAUACAACUGCUGAAGGAAGAAGUGUCAGAUCUCAACAGCUCGGUCACAGUCUACCAGCAUGACAAUUCAAAUGUUGUUCCAAUGAUUCCACUGGGACUCAAAGAGACCAAGGACAUUGACUACCGAGUAGCUAUCAAGGACUUCAUAUUGGAGCACUACAGCGAGGAUGCUGACAGCUACAACACGGCUCUACAAGAUCUACAGGAGCUCAGACUGGCUAUUCGCACUCCACAUAGGAACGACUCGGGCGUAGAGCUGUUGAUGGAAUACUACAAUCAACUCUACUUCCUUGAGAAGCGUUUCUUUCCACCUGAUAGACGCAUCAGCAUCAUGUUUCAUUGGUAUGAUUCGCUGACUGGUGUUCCAAAUAUCCAGAAGACGUUGACCUUUGAGAAAGGUAGCGUUAUGUUCAACAUCGGUGCGCUGUAUACCCAGAUAGCCUGCAAACAGGAUCGAUUAACAAAACAUGGCUUGAAGGAGGCAGUGCGUUACUUUGAGUUGGCGGGCGGAGCGUUCCGCUACCUUCACAACCACUUCACUCACGCACCUUCCAUGGACAUGCAGCCUCAGACCCUGACUAUGCUGGUACAGCUCAUGAUGUCCCAGGCCCAGGAGUGUGUGUAUGAAAGCCUGUGUCUGGGGGGCGUGGCAGGGGGAGUACAGCAGUGCUCCUACGCGGCACAGGAAGCUGCCAUGGUAUCUCACAUGUACCGUGACACUCAGCAACUGAUGCACACGGAGCAUGUCAAGGACUACAUCCCGUACUCGUGGCUCUCGAUGGCGCAGGUCAAGGCUGAGUACUACGCUGCUCUUGCUCACCACCACGUUGCCAACGCACUCCUAGACCAGCCUGACAGUAUAGACAUGGAGAAGAUUUCAGAGCUGGUCAGCUGUCUGGAGCGCGAGGAAGACGAGAAUGAACCAAUAGAAGUACCACAGACCUUUGAUCAGCGGAAAAAAUUGGCUAAAGCUCAUCUGAAAGAGUCCCUGAUAUGCCAUGAGGAGGCGCUACGACUUCAUGACAUGUGUAAGCAGCUGAGAAAGAUUGACACCUUCCUGGGGAUUCUCAAGAGGGCACAUGACAGUUCAGUCAACAAGUUCGCCACAUUGGAGGAGGAGGAUGACUUCACAGAGAUCCACACUGCACCAAAGGUCAAGGCCACAACCCAUCAGAUUGUUGCCCCAGUGACCCCAGAGUUUGCAAAGGUCAAAGUUCAUGAGUUCUUUCAUAAACUGGGUCCCAUUGCAUUAUUCAAUGCCAAGAACCAGUGGUCGGCUCCCAGGUCUGUGCUGCUAGACAGGAGCCAGGUGCAGGGAUACGGCUUCAGUGUGCGAGGGGAUUGCCCUGUGAAAAUAGCAGAAAUUGAGCCGGGAAGUGUUGCAGAGGCAGCAAACAUCAAUGAAGGGGAUUUCAUAGUGGCUGUGGGUGAAGUUGACACAAAACGGUCAAGACACGACGAAGUAGUGAAUCUAGUUCGUCAGGCCGGCCGUAAUCUCAUUCUGCGCCUUGUAACGCCGAUGAACCAGGACUGUCUGGAGGUGGGCGGCGCUGCCUCUGCGCCAAGUACGCCAAAGACGCCGCAGCGCAUGCAGAGCCCCGGUCACAGUAUGUCUGGCGCGAGUAGCAAGAGCGGAAAGAGCAGUAGACUCAGCGCAUCGUGGAUUUUCAAUCGUAAAGGUGCGAAGGAGAAGGAAGAGGUUCGUCAGGAUGAUUUCAUUUUGAUGGGCGAUGAUUCUGACAAGUUUAGCGACCAUGAUAUACUAAUGUGAGAAGCAUCCAAAUACUGUGAAACUGUUGUUAUUUGUUGGUAAUUUAAGUUGUGGGGCAUAUAUAAGUUGGAGUUACCAAAAUAUGAAAUCCACAAAAUUGCGUGUCAACAAUAUUGUGAUUUCUUGAAAACCAAAAAAGAUCAUGCUGACGAAAAUGGAUUGUUUUACAGUAAAUAGUUUUGCCAUGAAAGCUUGAAUUUUUGUAUAAUUGCUUGGUAGCUCGAUUGCAUCUGUAAAUAUGGUGAUAUAAGAAUGCACGAUUCACAAUUUACAAUUUACAAGUGACGGUCUUAAGAUCUGAAUUUGCACAGAAUUUUACCAUAUGUCAUCCCUGCUAGCUGUACAUGUUUAGAAUUUUAUGCUUGCAUGUCAGAUUGUCUGUUUUCCCAUUUUUUCAUAUCAUUUCAUGGUUUUUAGGAGAAACAAUACUACCAUUUAUUUGUACACCAAUAGCAUUGAAUAGAGUUUAAAUUGUAUUGGUCAGUAAUCUUUCUAUAGGUUUGUUGUGCUAACUGUGGUAAAACAGUGUUUAUUUAAUAAAUAUUGUAGGGCAAUGGUUUACGUAUUUCCAUGUAACCUCAUCAAUUGUCAGCAUUCAUUUUAAGUAUUUGGGUAUGUUUUGUGUUAUUUGAGCCAUUUUUUAGGCAGGGUACUGGGUUAUUUGUCUCAGAUGUGUUCUGUAAAUUGUAAUGUUUUUGUGGUUGUUUUUUUGCCCCUAUUUCAUCAAUGUCUGUUCAAGUGAUAGAUUAGUUAAAACUUAUUUAUUUAAAACAAAAAUUGUUAUACAUAUAAUUUCAUACAACAUUUAUAGCAUGUACAAGUUCUAAUGGGAUCGGAACGAAAGACAAUGUGUUAUGUGUUUAAUGGUAGAUCCCCCUGGCAAUGGUACUUUUUUUUCACCCAACAUUCUUUCACUUGGUACCAAAUUUUUUUAAACAUAUGAUGCCUGAUUUUUUCAUUUGAUAUGAAUGUUUGCAUAUUGGGUACCGAAACACUAUAUUUUUUUUUUUAAUACGAACUAGAUGCUUCAGUUAUUUGAGCUCUUGUUAAGUUUAUUUAUAUUUGAAUACAUUUAAAGUGCUUGUGUGGCAUCCGUGCAUGGCUCUCUCUGCCAUUUGCAAUUGUUACCAAAUGCAAACAUUUAGAAAGUUGCUAUUGUAUAUUUCAAUGUGGAAAAAAAGGCAAAAACUGAUUUUUAGCUCACUUGAUUACUUUUGUGACAGGUCUUUGUGCGUCGUCCGUCCGUCCGUCGUCCGUCCACAUUUGUUCGUAAACACUCUAGAGGCCACAUUUAUUGUCCGAUCUUCGUGAAAGUUGGUCAGAAGAUUUGUCCCUAUGAUAUCUCGAUCAAGUUCGAAACUGGGUCAUGCAGGGUCAAAAACUAGGUCACUAGGUAAAAAAAAGAAGAAAAACCUUGUAAAAACUGUAGAAGUAACAUUUUAUGCACAAUCUUCAUGUAACUUUGUCAAAAUGUUUGCCUCAUUUAUAUGUUGGUUGAGUUUAAAAGUGGUUUCGGUCCGUUGAAAAACAUGGCCGCUAGUGGGCGGGGAAGUUUUCCUUAUUUGGCUUAGAGAAACCUUGUAAACACUCUAGAAGUCACAUUUUUUUCCUAAUCAUCGUGAAACUUAGUCAAUACAUUGGUUUUAUUGAUUUCUCGGACAAUGUGGAAAAUGGCUUAGAUCGGUGAAACACACUUUUUAGCUCACCAAAUUGCUCAGGUGAGGUUUUAGGAUUGGUCUUUGUCAGCCGUCUGUCCGUCCACAUUUGGUUUGUAAACACUCUAGCAUUCACAUUUCUCAAGCAUUCUUUAUCAAAGUUGCUGAAAGAUGUCCGUCAAGUUCGAUAAUGAGCAAAAUCACAUAAUUAAUUCCAUAAUUAUUGCCCUUUGAUUGUUCAAAUUUUCUUUAUAUUAUACAAAAUGCUUGUUAACACUCUAGAGGUCACAAUUUUGUUUCAGAUUUUAUGAAUCUUGGUCAUAAUAUUUAUUUUUGUAGCAAAUUUUGAUGUUUGGUAAGGGGGUCAACUCAAAAUAUAGGUAACCAUGUCAAAUCUUACAAAAACAAAAACAUUCCAUACGCCAGAGUUUUGGUUCAAUAAUGAUGAAACUUGACCAGGAUGUUUGUCUGGACAAUAUCUAGGUAAAGUUUGACAUUUGGUAAAGAUUGAAUGAACUGACUCCUCUGAGGUGAGCAAACUAGGGCCAUCUGGGCCCUCUUGUCUAUUAUUUCUCGCUAAACAAAGAAAAAAUAUAUAUGCAUUGAAGACACUACAAUUUAAUAAUGUUAUAAAAUAACUCUUUUUUUUUAAUUGGCGAAAAAAAAAAAAAAAAAAAAAAACUGGCAAAAAUGGUUGGGGAAGAAAAUUUUUAACACAGGGAGAGCCCAGCAAUGUAGAAUCUUAUCCAUACCUUCAUGUCAAUGGUUGUAAUUUUAUCAUUUGUGUGUCAACAUGUUAUUUCUGUGCUUGCUGAUGUGAUGUCACUACGUUUUUAAGUUGCUUUUAAGUGUUGUGUUUUUGUUUUUUUGUACAUUUUGUUACUUUGUAUUGUUAAGCUUGCUGCCAACGUUUUUCUUUGUUUUACUAUAUUCUAUUUAUUUUUAAUAUUUAGUGUUAAUAUUUUUGCCAUUAUUUUAUAAAAAGUAAAUUAUAUUAAAGGUUUAUGGUAUUGAGGUAUAAUUUUGUACAAUCGCUCUGCCAGUAUUUUAUUGAAUUUGUAUGUUUGUUUCAUGCAAUAUUUUAUAUGGUAAUGUUUUGUGCUGUUGUUAUUUCAAUAUGAGGUUGCUGAUUCUGCCUUGGGAUGCAAAAAACAUGCCAAAAACUGUAGAAAAAUUACUUGACAGUUGCAGAAACAAAUCCAGUAUUGUGUGUUGUUCACAUUUAAUUUCAGGGUAUUUAAUAUUUCUCUAAAUGAUCCUUGAUAUGAAAAAUAGUUGUUUUUAUUCUUGAAAAUAUUUUGGUUUUCGUUUGCACUAUAAUGUAUAUUUUUGCCACAAACUUGUUACUUGAUUGCUUUGUAUAGUGUAAUUUUGAUAGAGAGGUAUUACUGGUAAGGGUAUGUUAUAGAAUUGAUAUUGUUUAGCUGCUUUGGGAAUCCACACAAUGUCAGUACAACUAGGAAUUUUGUAUUUGUAAUUAAAAAAGUAUUAAGUUAUAUAUUGGUAUUUAACUUAUGACAUAAACAUAUGUGAUUUUGAUUGAAACUAGUAAAUAGUUUUGUCCAUUUCAGGGACCUUUUCACGUUCUUAUAAAUGGACAAAAUUGAAACAAAUUGUUUUAGCUUUGCAAAUUUUCUUUGUAGUGAUGUUUUUUGAUGGGAAACAGUUAUACUGAACAUUUUCCAUGCACUAAAAUCCAUUAGAUGCAUAUUUUGAUGAUUUAAAAACCUGAAAAUUAAAUGAUUCUUGAUAUGAAAAAUAGUUGUUUUUAUUCUUGAAAAUAUUUUGGUUAUUGUUUGCACUAUAAUGUAUAAUGUAUAUUUGGCCACAAACAUGUAACUUGAUUGCUUUGUAUAGUGUAAUUUUGAUAGAGAGGUAUUAAGGGUUUGUUAUAGAAUAUAUAUAUUUUUCGCUGCUUUGGGAAUCCACACAAUGUCAAUACAACUAGGAAUUUUGUAUUCUUAAAUAUUGCUAAUUAAACAAAUAUGAAGUUAUUUACUGGUAUUUAACAUAUGACAUAAACAUAUGUGAUCUAUUGAAACUAGUAAAUAGUAUUGUCCAUUAAAGGGACCUUUUCACGUUUUGAUAAAUUGACAAAAUUAAAAAAAAAUUGUUUCAGAUUUGCAAAUUUUCUUUGUAGUGAUGUUUUUUGAUAUGAAACAGUUAUUCUGAACAUUUUCCAUGCUCCAAAAGCCAUUAUAUGCAUAUUUUGACAAUUUAAAAACCUGAAAUUAUUAAGUGUUACAAACACAAAAUGAUCAUAUAAUUUGGACAGUUCUGUUGUUAUUGUUAUAUUUUGUGACAAAACCAGGAUUGAUAGAUAGAGACGUGUUCUGAUAAAAUUGGGCAUAAUGCAAGUGCGUAAAGUGUCGUCCCAGAUUAGCCUGUGCAGUCUGCACAGGCAAAUCUGAGACAACACUUUCCACUUUUAUGACAUUUUUCGUUUAAAUGAAGUCUCUUCUUAGCAAAAAGCCAAUUUAUGCGGAAAUUGUAGUCCCUGAUUAGCCUGUGCGGACUGCACAGACUUAUCUGGGACGACACUUUACACACAUGCAUUAUGCCCAGUUUUCUCAGAACAUGACUCAUAUUAUGAAUAAAAUACAUGAAAUGGUUCCUGAGCUUGGAUGGCUGAGCGCAAGACUUUUACUCCAAGGGUCAGUGGUUUUACUUCAAGGGUCAGUGGUUUUACUCCAAGGGUCAGUGGUUUUACUCCAAGGGUCAGUGGUUUUACUCCAAGGGUCAGUGGCUUUACUUCAAGGGUCAGUGGUUUUACUCCAAUGGUCAGUGGUUGGAGCCAAGGUGUGGAGUACUAGUUUCUUUUCUUUCAUUUUAUUUUUGUUUUAAACUUGAACUCUUUAGUUCCGAUGUUAACAUUUAUCAAUGUAAAGCAUUGAAUGAAAAACUUCAAAACCUGCCAAAAUCUGUGAAAAGGUCCCUUUAGAAUUGACGAUGAUUAAUGUCACUCAUACCUCCUGUGUAUUUAGGACUUUGUUACCUUAGAAACGGAUUUUAUUUUUAUUCCAGUAGGAAAAAUAAAGCAUAGUUAUUAAAUUGUGCAAGUCUUUUAUUAGGCCUUGACACAAAAAUGUUUUUUUAACUUUAUAAUGUUGUAUAAAGCUGUCUAGUUUUAGCUAGCCACACAAAAUGUGUAUGUUAUGUAAUGUUAGAUAUAUAUUUAAUGUUUAUACAUGUUUUGAAGAAGUUUUGUUAAUAGAAAUGUUUCAGCUGAAUUUUUUUAUUGUUUUGGAUCCACAUUUAAUUGUUCAUUGUUAUAUUUAAAGCAUAAUAAGGAUUCAUUUGCAAAUCCGCUUUUAAUAUUUGUCUUUAUGUGGCAAUGUUUUCCUAUCCUUUCUUUUAUUAUCCUUCUUAAAAUUGUUGAAAUUUGUGCCCUCUUUUACAUCUAGUGUUUCCACAAAAUUGUUACAACAACUUGGUAUGUUUGGAUGGAGGGGCAUUUUGUGCUCUUUUAACCCAUUUACGCCUAGUGGACUCUCCCAUCCUUCUAAAUUGGAUCAAUUUAUUUCCGAAAUUAGUGAGUUCAAGUAUAUUUAUUUCUAUAUGUAGAAAAUUUCUUACAGAAAUUUCUUCAAGCAAACAGCACAGACCCUGAUGAGACGCAGCAUCAUGCAGCGUCUCAUCUGGGUACAUGCUGUUUUCGAAGGCCUUUUUUCUAGACGCUAGGCAUAAAUGAAUUAAAAAGCCCUGAUAAGGGUUUAAUCGUAUUGUCAGUGUUAUAUAUGUUUUUUUUAUACAUUUUUUGCAGUGUUCGGUUAUUGGAUUGUUUAAUGAUUUUUAAUACUGUUAUAUGAUGGUUGUUUUGAACGUUGCUGUGCCAUUAGUUGAUGUUGAAAAUCCAUCACUUGCCCUUUUUGAGGUAUUUGUUAAAAUGUGUCAUGUUCUGAAAAAACUGGGCAUAAUGCAUGUGUAUAAAGUGUUUCCCAGAUUAGCCUGUGCAGUCUGCACAGGCUAAUCAGGGACAACACUUUCCGCUUAACUAGAUUUUAACUAGAUUUUGGUAAAAAGGGACUUCCUUUAAACGAAAAAUACCAUUAAAGCGGAAAGUGUCAUCCCUGAUUUGCCUGUGUGGACUGCACAGGCUAAUGUGGGACGACACUUUACGCACAUGCUUUUUGCCCAGUUUUUACAGAACAAGGCACAAAUGUUCCUGCCUUUUAACAUUUGUUUUCAUUUUAUAUUAAAUUGUCGAAUGCAAUUUGUAUUACUAUUGUAGGUAGCUAUGUAUGUAGAAAUGUAAAUAUUCUUUAGUUUUGUUUACCUUAAUGAAGACAGUUUUUGGUCUAUUGUAAAGUGGAGAUCUGAGAAAAAAAAAGCUGAUAUGUUUUACAUUUUGUUGUCUUAAAUGGCUAUAAAAACAAAUGUGUAUAUAGCUUUAGAUUUGUUUCAAUGUCUUCUUUUUAAGUUGUUUAUGAAUUCAAAGUGCCUUGCAUGUUUAAGAAGUUUUUACAGACUUUUUCUUUCUAUGGUAGAGAAAGGAACAGUUGGAUCUUGCUAGCAUCGAUAUUAGUCGCAUUGUUUUUGCCGAUAUUCAUCAAUAUAUUAUUAUAUACUGCUGUUUUUAAGAAAUGCAUAUAUGAACUUAUCGCGUUAUCAUAUCACAAUGCACAACAUGUAUGCAAUAAAAACUAUGCAAAAUAAAA